AUGGAUUCAUAUGAAGCAACAAGAGUUGUGUUCACGAGGAUCCAAAAUUUGGAUCCUGAAUACGCUUCAAAAAUCAUGGGUCUUCUCCUUAUUCAAGAUCAUGGCGAAAAGGAGAUGAUUCGGUUAGCUUUUGGGCCUGAAUCGUUAGUUCACUCUGUGAUUAUGAAAGCUCGUAAAGAACUUGGCAUUCCGUCCAGCAACGCGCCGUCGACACCUUCUUCUCCGGCGUCACCGUCGCCGUUCAGUUCUUCUCACAGUCUCUCCCGGCAAAACUCGGCGAAUUCUUCGACUGCUUCAAGGCUUGUUAAUGGCGGAGUUACUAAUCUCCCUUCGCCUCUCAGUAUCCCGAGCUUGUCAUCUUCGUGGACGAACUCUAAUUUCUCUGAUUUUCAACCCAGUGAAGACCACCAUCUGAAUUCCUCAGCUCCGCCGUUCUACGGCGGAAGUAGUGAGCCUGAUCUGAUAGAUGAAUUACAAAUCCAAGACCAGCUUUCUUUUCUCAACGAUGGUUCUCCCACUCUCGGCCCUAAACCCACCGAUUUUUUCUACCCGGAUUUGAUGUCCCCUAACGGCAGCGGUGACAUGUACUCACCAUGGAGCGGCGGCGGCGGAGGCGGAGGCGGAGGCGGAGGCGGUGGUGGUGGCGGUCCACACCGCCGGAGCUCAUCUGCUAAUGAUAUUUUAUUCGGUGGAGGUGGUGAAGACCCCUAA